CUGUGACUCUCUGAGAGGCGGACGCAACUUAGUUGGAGAUUUUAUCGGCAAUUGCCAGUGUGGUCUCGGAAUACAAUUCCAGACCUUGGCCAGGCUUCAAAAUCUCUCUUUUUUUUCUUGUGCUCUUCGAUUAUGUGGUUUUGGGAAGGAUUUGAUUGGUGUUGUUAUCGGUGUGAUGGUAUAAAAAUUUCUUUUUGAGAAUUAUGAGGAUCGGUUGUGGGGAAAGUGGCAUCUCGGCUUCCAAGGAUCAUCUUGUGUUUGCUUAUUAUGUCACCGGCCAUGGAUUGGGGCAUGCUACCAGAGUGGUCGAGGUUGUUAGGCAUCUUGUUGCAGCUGGGCAUGAUGUCCAUGUGGUUACAGGUGCUCCUGAUUUUGUUUUCACCAGUGAUAUUCAGUCUCCGAAUCUCCACAUUCGGAAAGUCUUGUUGGACUGUGGAGCUGUGCAAGCAGAUGCUUUGACUGUUGAUCGCCUUGCAUCCCUGGAAAAGUACUCUCAAACAGCUGUGGUGCCCCGAGCAUCUAUUCUGGCAACCGAAGUGGAAUGGCUGAAUUCAAUCAAGGCCGAUCUUGUGGUCUCAGAUGUGGUCCCUGUAGCAUGCCGAGCAGCUGCAGAUGCUGGUAUCCGAUCAGUCUGUGUCACAAACUUUAGUUGGGACUUCAUCUAUGCAGAGUAUGUGAUGGCAGCUGGACUUAAUCACCGGUCUAUUGUUUGGCAGAUAGCUGAAGAUUAUUCUCACUGUGAAUUCUUACUUCGACUUCCUGGAUACUGCCCAAUGCCUGCUUUCAGGGAUGUUAUCGAUGUACCUUUGGUUGUCAGAAGGAUUCAUAAAUCUCGAUCUGAGGUGAGGAAGGAACUUGGCAUUGCAGAGGAUGUGAAGGUGGUCAUUUUUAAUUUUGGUGGACAGCCAGCUGGCUGGAAACUGAGGGAAGAAUGGCUGCCUGCUGGCUGGCUCUGUCUGGUCUGCGGUGCAUCUGACAGCCAAAUACUUCCUCCAAACUUCAUAAGACUUCCAAAAGAUGCCUACACGCCUGAUCUGAUUGCAGCAUCUGACUGUAUGCUUGGAAAGAUUGGUUAUGGGACUGUGAGUGAAGCUUUGGCCUACAAAUUGCCAUUUGUCUUUGUACGCAGAGAUUAUUUCAAUGAGGAACCAUUCUUGAGAAAUAUGCUUGAGUAUUACCAUGGAGGGGUUGAAAUGAUUAGGAGAGAUUUACUUGUUGGGCAUUGGAAACCUUAUCUUGAACGUGCUCUCAAAAUUAGUCCAUGCUAUGAGGGAGGCAUCAAUGGUGGUGAGGUGGCUGCUCUUAUACUACAAGAAACAGCUGCUGGGAAAAAUUAUUCAUCCGACAAGUUAAGUGGAGCUAGGAGGUUGCGUGAUGCCAUUGUGCUUGGCUAUCAACUACAAAGAGCUCCUGGUAGAGAUAUCUGCAUUCCUGAUUGGUAUUUGCUUGCUGAAAAUGAGGUUGGCCUUCGGCCUGCAGUGGCAGAAAAUGAGAUAACUGGGAAUAUCUCUCUUGUGGAAGCGCACAUUGAGGAUUUUGAGAUACUUCAUGGCGAUCUCCAUGGUUUACCUGAUACAAUGGCAUUCUUAAAGAGCUUGUCGAGUCUACAUUUUGAAACUGACUCAGGGAAGGGCACUGAGAAGCGCCUGAUGCGGGAGCGAGCUGCUGCUGCAGCACUUUUUGAUUGGGAGGAGGAAAUAUAUAUUGCAAGAGCUCCUGGGAGAUUGGAUGUAAUGGGAGGGAUUGCAGAUUAUUCAGGAAGUCUUGUUUUGCAGAUGCCAAUUAGAGAGGCUUGUCAUGUUGCUGUUCAGACAAACCAUCCAUCCAAACACAAGCUAUGGAAACAUGCUGAAGCACGACAGCAAGCUACAGGGCAGGGACCAAUUCUGCAAAUAGUAUCAUUUGGGUCAGAGUUGAGUAACCGAGCACCAACUUUCGAUAUGGACCUGUCAGAUUUCCUUGAUGGUGAUAAACCAAUUUCAUAUGAAGAGGCAUUUAAAUACUUCUCCCAAGAUCCCUCCCAGAAGUGGGCUUCAUAUGUUGCUGGAACAAUUCUUGUCUUGAUGAUUGAAUUGGGUGUGCGCUUCACUGAGAGUAUCAGCAUACUGGUUUCUUCUGCUGUUCCUGAAGGCAAAGGUGUUUCAUCUUCAGCAUCAGUGGAAGUUGCCACCAUGUCAGCCAUUGCUGCAGCAUAUGGGCUUAAUAUUGAUUCCAGAAAACUAGCAAUUCUCUGUCAAAAGGUUGAGAACCGAGUUGUUGGUGCUCCUUGUGGAGUCAUGGACCAAAUGGCUUCAGCUUGUGGAGAAGCCAAUAAGCUACUUGCCAUGGUUUGCCAGCCAGCGGAGGUGAAGGAACUCGUUAACAUUCCAACCCACAUACGCUUUUGGGGGAUUGAUUCCGGAAUACGACAUAGUGUUGGUGGAACAGAUUAUGGAUCUGUCAGAAUAGGUGCUUUCAUGGGACGCAAGAUGAUCAAGUCAGCAGCAAACGCUUUGCUGUCUCAAUCUCCAAAUAACACCCCUUCUCAGGAAGUGGAUGAAGUAAAUUCUGAUGAAAAUGAUGAGAGUGAAAUGAAUCUAUUUGAAGCUGAAGCUGAGCUGGAUUAUUUAUGCAACCUCACAACACACCGAUUUGAAGCUGUAUAUGCCAAGCAACUUCCAGAAAGCAUCCUCGGAGAAGCAUUCUUGAAUAAGUAUAUCGAUCACAAUGAUACAGUUACAACCAUUGAUCCCAAUCGCAAUUAUGCUGUCAAGGCACCUGCUAAACAUCCUGUCUAUGAAGAUUUCCGUGUCAAGGCUUUUAAAGCGCUGUUGACUGCUGCUACGACCGAUGAACAACUCUCUGCUCUUGGAGAACUUAUGUAUCAGUGUCAUUACAGUUACAGUGAUUGCGGACUCGGUUCAGACGGUACUGACAGGCUUGUUAAAUUAGUACAAGAGAUACAACAUCGGCCGUCUCGUGAUGGACAACCAAGCCUACUUGGUGCGAAGAUUACAGGCGGGGGAUCAGGUGGCACUGUUUGUGUUAUCGGACGAAACUGCCUCAGAAGCAGCGAGGAAAUUCUCGAGAUACAACGUCGGUACAAAGCCGCCACGGGUCAUUUACCAUUCAUCUUCGAGGGUUCAUCCCCUGGUGCUGGAAAGUUUGGCUACCUCAAAAUACGGCGAAAGAUCGAUUCAUCUCUGAAGAAUUAAGAGCCGCACAAUACAUGUACAGAAUAUGCGAAAGAAAGAAUGAAUGAUUGCAAGCUUCUUAAUAAACAAACUCUCGAUUGAACUCCUUUUUAUCUUUGAUUGGUCUCAUUAAAUUAUCAAUAAUAAGAACAAGUCAUCUGUAUGUCUCUGCCUGCAAUAAAUCAUAUCAUUUCCUUCA